AUGGGGAGAGGGAAGAUCGCGAUAAAGAGAAUUGAAAACACUAGCAAUAGGCAAGUGACCUUCUCCAAGAGGAGAGGAGGGCUUCUGAAAAAGGCUCAUGAACUUGCCGUUCUCACCGAUGCACGGAUCGGCCUCAUCGUCUUCUCUGCUAGUGGGAAGCUCUAUCAAUACCAAAGUCCAGGUUCAAGCAUGGAAGAAAUCAUCGACCGAUUUCUGAUAGCUGAAAACAUCCAGUUCGAAAAUCGUAACAUCCACCAGCAACUCCACUGCGAGAUAACAAAAAUAAGGCACGAAACUGAUAGGCUUCAGUUGAACCUCAAGCAGAUUACUGGUGAAGACUUGACUGGACUAACAGUAAAUGAUCUCAACCAGCUGGAAGAGCAGCUAGAGUUCUCUGUUGGCAAGGUUCGCACGCGCAAGAAUGAACUCCUCAAUCAACAGCUUGAGAACCUCCACCGAAAGGUCAUGUUUGAGCACCAGGUGAUGAUGGAGCAACAACAUGAGAUUGAGGAGCAGAAGGAAAGGGAGAUAAGGGAGAUGGGUUUUCUCGAGCCCUUUGGUCAAAUUCUUGAUGAUUCUAGAAGCUUACUUCAUCUGGGCCCAGAGAUUCAUCCAUUUCAGCUGCAGCCUAUCCAGCCUAAUCUGCAAGAGGCUGAACUCCAUGGCCAUAGACGGCAACUCUGGCUGAAAGAAGCAGUCAUGGAAGUUCAAUAG